AUGGAAAGCCCAUCCGUCGACUGGAAAGCUUCCAAAUGGGAUCCAAUGGAUCUUGCUUUUAUCGUGUUCACGUCUGGCAGUACUGGAAAGCCCAAGGGUAUCCUGAUGAACCAUUCCUCCCUCUGCACCAGCAUUCAGGAUCACACUAGCUCGCUAAAUAUCGAGGCCGGAGAGACGCGAGGGUUGCACUUUGCCUCGUACGCCUUUGAUGCUAGCAUAUAUGAAAUUUUCUCCGUUCUUGUCAAUGGGGGGUGUGUCUGCAUUCCAUCUGAAGCCGAUCGCUCAAAUAACCUCGCUGGCUUCAUCAACGCAUCGCAUGUGAACUGGGCCAUUUUUACCCAAACCGUGCUCAACAACCUCCUUCAACCGGAGCAGGUUGUUCCAGGCCUCCAAACGGUUGUUGUCGGGGGUGAAGCGCUUACCCAGGACGUGGUGGAUGUCUGGGCAGACAAAGUGGCUCUGGUCAACGGGUAUGACCUGGCCGAAACUACCAUCUGUGCGGCUAGACUAGUCCCCGUCCACGGAUGGCUGCCAGGAACAAUUGGAAAGGUGACCGGUGGCAUUGGAUGGAUCACGAUGCCUUCGGAUCCUUCGCGACUGGCCCCAAUUGAAGGGCCCGUGGUGACCCGCGGCUACAUGAAUGAUCCAGACAAGACUGCGGAGGUGUACAUACCAGCACCAGAUUGGCUGAAAAAAUUCCGGAAUAAGGACACUUCAUGGCACACCGGCCGUCUCUAUCGAUCAGGGGACUUGGUUCAAUAUACACAUGGUGGUGGUAUUCGAUUCUUAGGUCGCAGAGAUACCCAGGUCAAGUUGCGUGUGCAACGCAUUGAAUUAGGUGAAGUGGAGUAUCAAACAGCUCGAGCUUUCCCAUGCGUGAAGGAGGUGGUAGCUGAGGUGGUUUAUCGAGGCGGAAAUAAGUGUGAUGCCACUCUGGUAGUGUUCAUUGUGACGACGACGGACAGUAAUGAGGCGUUGGAGGAGCUCUUCGUUGGCUACGAUUCCCAAUUCGCCGCUGCGGUCCACACUGCCACAGUGAAGCUCAGCAAACAGCUGCCGCGGUAUAUGGUUCCAGCUACCUUCCUGCGUGUAUCUCAUGUGCCCCGAUCAGGCAGUGGCAAGAUCGACCGCUGGUCCUUACGCGAACAGGCGGCUGCUAUGCGUAAUCCCGAUGAAUUCUCAAAAACAACCAGGCGAACUGCUCCGAGGGAGCUCACCAUGAAGCAGGAACACCUCCUGCGCGACCUGAGACUCCGUCAAGGCCAUGAGGAUGUCCAAUCUAGCUCGGCAGCUCGGCCGCCGAAUUUCCCUGAUGGACAUUUCAAUCAUCCCACUCUCUCAGAGCUCGCCCGUGCCACUGAACGCUCGCUGCAAGACAUCACAGUCGAUGAUUAUCGCCCAGGAUCCUUGCUAGGUAUCACCGAUUUGGAAAGUUUUGUGACUCGUUUUCCUGGACUGCCUGCCACACUUGCUGCUGAAAACCUCGCCGAUGUCCUGCCCACUACGCAGCUCCAGGGCUCACUUAUGGACGAUCAAAACGCCACUUACUUCGUUGUGUCUCUUCCAAAUGGGAUCGAUAUGGAUCGCCUGAAUAAGGCAUGUCUUGCCAUGGUUGACCACAACCCGAGCCUACGUACGAUUUUGGUACCAUAUGGAGCCCAAUAUAUCCAGAUCAUUCUCCGCCAGGUCAAUCUUCCGAUUACUCAGCUGACAUGUGAAGGCGAUAUGGAGGAGUUUGUCCAAUCUGUCUGCACUCAAGAUUAUAAUACACCCAUACCCCCCGAGGUGCCCCAGUCCUACUACGCCCGCACGUCCGACAGCGUUGUUGAAAAAGAUUCCACUCCCAUAAUGAAAGGGGGUGUCACGAUGGCAACGUUGACAAAGGCCGCUUGGGCACUGGUCCUUGCACAGGUUACUGGUCAAGAUGACGUUGUCUUUGGAAAUGUGUUGAAUGGACGAGAGCUGCCCAUUGCCAACGCCGAAGAGGUCCCCGGACCUUGUAUCACUGUCUUGCCACUCCGGGUCAGCAUCCAACGCUCGUGGACAGUGCAAAGCUUACUUUGGCAUGUUCAGCAGCAAUAUAAGCGGGCUAUACCCUUCUCCAGUGCGGAGUUUUACGAGAUCAAACGGCUGAUGGCCGCCCACUGGUCUCCUGAGGCCAGGCUCUGCAGUGUUUUCACUCAUCAAAAUGAGGGUGUGGAAAGGACGAUUCCAUUCCAGAAUGUGGAGUGUCCCAUGGAGAUGUUCCAACACAACGACUCUACUCCCUUCCAUGUCGUUACUGGGCCCCAAGGGGACAACCUUCUUAUUGCCAUGUCUGUGUUGGAUCCGGCGUUCUGUCAAGAGGACAUCAAUGACUUGGAGAAACUGGCUACUACUAUUAUUAAACUGGCUGCUGAUGAUUCUGCCGCGCUUGAGUUUUAG